AUGAGUGGAGUCAGCGUUAGCCUGCAUGAACCCCUUCUCCCAUCAAAUGAACGCUCGUUGAGCAAGGAUCGCCGUCGAUUUGUUGUGAUAUCGGUUUUCGAUUGUACCCUAACCGUUCUAUUAUGGCUAAUUUGGACGGUUUCGAAAACUGAUGACUGGAGAACCGCUUUUUACCAAGAAAUUAACCUAUUCAAUCCUGAUUUUUUAAAGAAGUCGUUGUUUGAUAUUGUCAUGGUGGCUAUCCUGAGGCUAUUCCUGCUCAUUAUUGUUUACGGAUUUAUGCGUGUCAAUAGUUGGGUACCAGUGGCUCUUUCCACAACAAUAACCAGUAUUUAUUUGAUCAUCAAGGUGCUAUUUUUCUUCUCAAAAGAACAAGGCGGCCUACCCCAAUAUCUUCUGAUAUUGUCAUCGUUUUCAAUUUCAUGGUUUGAAUUAUGGUUGAUGCCUUUUCGAGUCCUUGCAAGAGAACGAGCUCACGACCGUCCCAAUGAAAUCACUGCUGAAGCACCGCCAUAUUAUCAACAGGAUGCAGUGAAUUUCGCGGCACGACACGUUGGGAGUCGAGGGCAUUCUCGAAACCCCGCUGGUGCCAUUAAUUCAGCUGACGAAUUUCAUAGCGCCAUAGAUUUUUCUUCUGAUGAUGAUCGUUAUUUACGUGGACGCCUCACAACUUCGGUACAACGCUUGUCGGUAACGUCGGUUGCUCCGGAUAGAACAGCGGCUUACGAAGCUUGUAUCAUCAGGUGUAUUACAAAUGUUGAUCGCUUGCUUGGGGAAGCUCGCAGUGGCCAAUGGAAAACUUUGCGAAAAUCCGAUCCUUUGGUUUGCCAAUCAUCACAUGGGGUAUUUUACGUGUCCGCCCUUUUUUCUGUAAGCACCCGGAUGAAUAUUUUUGAUUCGUCUUGGAAAAACACGACAAGUUGGAAUGAUCAAGUAUUGGAAACAAAGACGAUUCUUAAUAUUGAUCCGAAUACGGAAAUAUUUUACUCAGUCAGCGCCCCAGCGAUGAGGGGAUAUAUUGCAUCAAGAGACUUCAUUGAUAUUCGUCGAGUCGUUGUUGAUGAAGAUAAUAAAAUCAUUUCCGGCUACUUCACCAGUUUUGAAGAUCCUCAAAUUCAAUUCAAUCAUCCGGAUCGCAGCGUUGUUAGAGGGGCAAACGGACCAUCCAUGAUUCGCGUGAGUUCCCAGGAUGAUGGCUUUAAUUUUGAGUGGAUGAUGCAAUGUGACUUGCGCGGUGGGUUGCCGAAGCGGAUCGUCCAGUCAAAUAUGGUUUCCUUCUUCGUCCGCUACAUAGAAAAACUUCGCAAACACGUCAUCUCUUUGGAUCCAACAAUUGCGACC